AAUAAUCCAUGUAGUCAACAUACAAUUUUUGUUAAAAUCUAUUUCUACCAUUUUAACUGAUUCUUUUAUGCAAUAUUCUGAAAAUAAUGCAGAUCUUCCAAAUUUACAAGACUACAAAGUUUUGUUGCUUCAUAUGAAACAGGCUCAGGAAAGAAUUCGAGAAUUUGAUCGAUUACGAAGAGCGAGGCAUCUUCUGGAUGCUAUUUCGCUGGUAAACGAUUUACUUGCUGAUGGUUCUGAAAUAGAAAUACUAACGCUUGCUAGAAUAAUAGUAAGAAGAUUAAAUAAAUUAGGUGUGACAAAUGUAACAAUGGAUAAAGAAGAUGAACGUUGGCACAAGAAUGGCAGGCUACCUACUUUGAGACUUAUGCACAGUGGUAUUUAUCAUUGCUGCACAUUCUGUUCUAGCGGUGGAAAAAAGGAAAUAACUUGUGGCUGUAGAGGUACCAUGCCUGGUGGAUAUAAAGGUUGUGGUCAUGGACACAUUGGACAUCCAGGUGUUGACCAUUGGUCUUGUUGUGGAUCUAUAUUACGUAAUGGACGCUGCUUAAUGAUACGAAAAACUAUGCAUCAACUGACAUUACAAAAGGUGCAUGGAGGAUUGUGAAAAUACAAUAACAGUAUUGUAUCUUUUGUCUUACCU